CAAAGAAACAGCUGAUGGACGAGAUGAUUAAAUGACUUUGUAAUACAUCGUUUAAUAUUCUUCAAUAUAAUAAAAAUCAUAUCAAAUAUAUAAAACAUAUAUUUUUUGAAAUCUCUAUCUUUUUUGAAAGUGAAAUCAAAAGCGUGAUACAGCACGUCGUAUUAUAUACUUGGUUUCCGCAUAUCGAUCUUUUAUGUAUUUUGUUGGCAAAUAUGUGUGUAUAUAUGUGUAUAAAAAAUGUGAUAAUAAGAACAUUUUCCGAGAAAUAAACAUAUAUUUAUUUUAUGACUCAUAAGUAUAUUUAUUUUCUAUGAUCAGCAGAUGUGAAUAUAUAUAUGUGUGGCAAUCUUCGAAAUUAUCUAAUAGCUAAGCGAUAAUUGCUAUAGAUUUUUUUCUUAUCAUAGAGAUAAGAAUUAUUAUAUAAUACAUCAGUAAAUACGGUAUAUAAUUGAAUGAAAGUUCAUUUUGUAAUAGGUCACGUUUCGUAUAGCAACUACUGCCAUGGCUUUAAAGUUUGCUAGUAACCUAUCUUUUAUGUUUACGGAGGCCCCCAGUAUUAUUGACAGAUAUCAGCUGGCUAAACAAGCAGGAUUUAAAGCAGUUGAAAGUGGAUUUCCAUUUGACUUUUCCAUUCAACAGAUCGUCGCAGCUAAAAAGAAAGCAGAUGUCGAUCAAAUACUUUUGAAUGUAUUCACAGGUGAUGUUACGAAAGGAGAAUUGGGCUUUGCUGCAAUUCCAGGUGAAGAAGAAAACUUUAAGAAAAGUGUUGAGAAAACGAUAGAAUAUGCAAAGGCUUUGGAUUGUAAAAUGAUUCAUGUAAUGUCAGGAAAAGUGGAAUCGCCAACUGCUGCUAACGAUACAGUUUAUGAAAAAAACCUGUUAUAUGCCAUUGAAAAAUGUAAAUCGGAAGACAUUGUCGUUCUCAUUGAACCAAUUAAUAAUUACAGUGUUCCAAAUUAUUACAUGAAUAAUUUUCAGAAAGGUUUAAAUUUAGUUAAGAAGAUAAACAGUGUACACUUUAAGCUACAAAUGGAUAUUUUCCAUUUACAACAUUGCUGUGGUAAUAUUACAAAAUGCAUUCAGGAUUUUUUGCCUUAUGUGGGCCACAUUCAAAUAGCUCAAGUUCCUGAUAGACAUGAGCCAGAUACUCCAGGAGAGAUUGAUUAUAAAUAUGUCUUUUCUUUAUUGGAAAGAACAGGCUACACUGGGUAUAUUGGUUUGGAAUAUCGGCCAAAAUCAUUAACAACAGAAGGAUUAAAUUGGAUUAAGAAAUAUGGUUACAAUCUGUAAAUAGAUAUUCAUGUAUAUAUAUGUUAUGUAUAUAUAAAUGUAUAAAUGAUUUUUUUUAUUUAUAAUCUUUUAAAUGAGAAAUAUAUUUUCAUAUUACGUCUGUGUAUUACAUAUGAAUUAUAAUGAAAUAAACAUCUACAUACCAAUUUUAUGUAAACAUAUAAACUACAUUUUAAAACAAUCAACAGAUUGCUAUAGUUAGCGGUGAUUAAUGAAUAAUUUUCAAUAAACCACAUAAGAGAUGUAGAAUUAAUAUAUCUAAAUAAACAUUAUUAUUGCAUAGCUC